AUGUCAUCCGCUCCGGCUCCCACACAGUCCGUUGGACCUGAGUUCAGGUCGCAGGAGUCGAAGCCAACGGCCACUGUGUCAGUCAACGUCGACGUCGAAAACGUCAAGGUUCUCGCUCAGACCCCUCAGUUAAUUGCGCUGCUGUCCAUGAUCCGUAACAAGGAUACUGACAGGGCCGAUUUCAUCUUUUACUCCAAUCGCAUCAUCCGUCUGCUCGUUGAAGAGGGAUUGAACCACCUUCCUGUCAUUGAGCGAAAUGUCACUACUCCUGUUGGCCACACCUACAAUGGGCUCAUGUUCCAAGGGAAAAUCUGCGGUGUCUCCAUCAUGCGAGCUGGCGAGGCCAUGGAGCAGGGUUUGCGAGACUGUUGCCGAUCCGUACGAAUUGGCAAGAUAUUGAUCCAAAGAGAUGAGGAGACUGCCCUGCCUAAGCUUUUCUACGACAAGCUUCCAGAGGACAUUGCACAACGCUGGGUCCUCCUCCUGGAUCCCAUGUUCGCUACUGGUGGCUCAGCCAUCAUGGCUGUAGAUGUUCUCAAAUCCCGUGGUGUCCCCGAGGACCAUAUUCUUUUCCUGAACUUGAUUGCCAGCCCUGAAGGUGUCAAGAACUUUGCAUCAAAGUUCCCCAGAGUCACAGUUGUCACAGCAUUCAUCGACCAGGGCCUGGAUGACAAGAAUUAUAUUGUGCCCGGCCUGGGAGACUUCGGCGACCGCUUCUAUACUAUCUAA